AUGAUUUGGUUACGUGGUAGAACAGAUCGAAUUCAACCAGCGUUAGAUUCUAUACGUCAUACGUUUUCACAAUAUCAAAGACGUGCUGAUACUCAAGAAACUAUUCAAUUACAGAAAACUAAUUGGAAAAUGGUAGGUAAUUUAACAUCGUUGAUUAUUUUUUCCAUAUUAUUACUAGCAACGCUUAUUGGCGUACCAACUGUUUUAACGAAAGUGAAAAAAGAUAAGACUUGUUCUGAAAUAACACACUGGACAACAAUUUCAACUUCAAGUGUUCAACCAGCAACUAUGAUUCCAUUCAUUUCUCAAAAUAUGAAUCCAUUGUGUACAGCAACUGCAUCAUGGAAUUCUACAGGCAUCACUGUAGCUGGUUUACCAAACGGAUCAUCAUCAACAGCUCUUAACGGUCUAAAAUAUCCACAUGAUAUUUAUGUAUACGAUGAUGGAACGAUAUUAAUAGCUGAUUCUGGCAAUAAUCGCAUUAUUAGGUGGAAUCAUAAUGCUACAGAAGGAAUAAAUAUAGGAGGUACUGGUGCAUAUGGUUCAUGGGUUAAUUUACUUGCUGAUCCGAUAGCUCUUGCUGUUCAAGGUAAUGCAUUGUAUGUGUCAGAUGUAGAAAAUUAUCGCAUACAGAUGUUUCCUCUCAACAGUAAUUUGAGUUCUCCAGAUGCUACGACGAUAAUCGGACACUAUGGUCAAGGAUCUAGUCUUAUGCAAAUAAAUCAAGUAACUAAUUUAUUAGUUCCUGUUUCAAACCCAUCUUUAUUAUAUAUGGCUGAUUCGAAAAAUCAUCGAAUACUUUCUUGGAAUUCACAAUUCAAUUAUACAUCCGUAGUUGCUGGACAAACGGGCAUAUCUGGAUCUAAUUCAACUCUACUAAAUAAUCCACUUGGUAUCGCAUUAGAUGAGAGAACAUUUUCUCUAUACAUUGCUGAUACAUUUAACAAUCGAAUACAAAAAUAUGAUAUGAAUACGAUCAGUGCAGGUACUACUGUAGCCGGUGGUGCGGGACAACUAAAUAAUCCAAGUGCUGUACAACUUGAUCCAUCCGGUACUAAUAUGUUCAUUGCAGAUACUCUUAAUCAUCGUAUUUUACUAUGGUUAAAUGGUGCUAUAAAAGGUCAUACGAUUGCUGGAAAUGGUAAUGCUGGUACCAGUGCUACUCAACUUAACAAUCCAUCUCAAAUUCGACUUGAUUCAAAUUAUAAUUUAUAUGUUGUUGAUACAAAUAACAGUCGUAUUCAACGCUUUGAUCUUAUUUCGAAUGGAUGCUAA